UGGUCGUGGAUCACGGUGGUGGUAACAGUCGAGCUGCGACCGUCGUCCAAGUGUGCAUCAAACGCGAGCCGGUGUGUUUCACUGCCGCGAAACGAAAAACCGAGGAACGAGGAAGGUCGGGAGGCGAAGAAACGGGGCCCCCGGGGACGGUGCAAGUCCCCUUUCGGUUCGUGUUUUCGCUCGAGCUCGCCGGGGGGAACGUUCGAUCGAAGGCGUACGGGCACCGCUGUUAGAUCGCGGACGAGAUUCGGCCGAGGGUUGCGUUACCCGUGUUCUCUCGAUGAUCAAUUUCGGAGUGAUUCGCCGUAACUCGUGAUCGAUGGGACGUUUCAGGGUGUACCGUUCGGUUUGGUGAUCGUUCCGCGAGCUCACGGACUCGGCUCGAUGAGGCGCGAGUGAUAUUACACACGGCAUUAUACGCCGAUAAGGUGAAAACCGAUCCAUCGAUCCGCGGCGACUCGUGGCGCUCGACUAGCACAGAGACCGUUCGGGAUCACCCUCGUGAAAAUGAGGGUCGACCAGAUCGGGCUUCUUCUUUGGAAGAACUACAUCGUCCGGAAACGACAACCGGGGAUAUUGGCUCUGGUGUUCGUAUGGCCCGUGGUCGUGUUCAUGAUCCUCUACACGAUCCGCGACAAUGUGGACCCGAAGUACUAUCCUACUUGCCAAUUUCCUGCGAGGUCGAUGCCGCGAAACGGUCUGCUUCCAUUCGUUCAGAGUUUCAUUUGCAGCCUCGGAAACCCGUGCGAUCCCCUCACGGAAUACGAAGAGGUUCCUUCUUACGGGAACGCCACUCUAGGUCCGCUGGUCAUCGAGUUACAACCGAUGCUCGGCAACGAGACGAUCCUCUCCGCGGUGAAAACCAUGCCCAACAGUAUCCAGCUGCUAAAAUCGAUGGCUCAGAUACUCACCAAGCCGGAGAUCAAGGCACUUUUCGAUCGCGGUAUCCGGCUGGGCGAUCUCUUCAACGAUCACGACGCGAUCAAGAGCCUCCUAAAGCGGCAGAUGCCGUACGCUCGCGAGGGAUUGAUCGACGAGCUGUUCGAGUCGUCCAUAAAAUUGCUAUACCUGAUCGAGACGUUCGGCUCGUCCAACAUCGACGGCGUGAUAUGCUCGCCGGAGAGCCUGAAGAAGUACCUGAUACUGCCCAGGGAGGAGGACUAUGUCGAGAUCUCGAAGAUACUCUGCGGAAUCGACUCGGGAAUGAUACCCGGGAUCCUCGAGAACUUGUCCAAGCAUCUGGACUUCUCCGGUUUGCUGGAGAUGGUCGAUCGCGUAAUGGCGAAGUUUCGCGACUACGAUUUCUUCAAGGACUUGAAACGAGCGGUCGAAACGAUCUUGGAUCUGCAAAUCGUGGAGGACCACGUACCGAAGUACUUAAAGCUGCGCGAAUGGUUGCCGAAGAUGAUAAUGGUCUUCAAGAACGUCACGUUCAAGGAGAUCGAUCUCACGUUCGUGGACAAGGCGCUGACAGUUUUGGACACGGUGUUCUCGAGCGAUCGCGAUUGGCCGAUCGUGCGACAGGCAUUCUUGAGGCUGAACAAAUUAUUGGAGCUGGUGAAAGGGAUGAUUGGGAAUCGAGAAACUUCAGCUUCCGACGAUUUUUUUUCGAUAAUGGACAGAUUAAAGAGCCCCAUGGAUCACCUGUUCUCCAAUAUUGGUAUCGACGAGAAUCUCACCCAAAUUUUGGAUCUGAGCUUCGCGAUUCUGCAGAGCGAAGCGAAGCUCGCUAAGACGAUCAUCGAUCGUCACAAGGAUGAGAUCCAGCUCCCGCCUGAAAUUUUGGACGGACUGAGGAACUUUUUCUCGAAGAACAUCCUGGACUCUUUGAGUUACGCGUUCGCCUUCGCGCAGAGCAUCGUCAGAAUGGCCCACCACGCGGCCAUCAUCAACGACGACCUGGAAAACAGGCUUUACAACGUCUCCAUGAAUCACAGAGCAACGGUGGAACAAUUGUUGAAGUUCGAUCCGAACGUUUAUCGAACGCUACUGCGAUCGUUUUCCAGAUUAAGCUUCGUCGAGAAAUUCGUGAACGAAUCGAGGCCGGAGGUGUACUUUUGCCGGAACGACACGUUGGACGAGAUUUUCGAACAUUUCAAAGACACGAAUUACGACUCGAAACAGAUCAGCGAUGUACUCUGCAGCGAUUCCGGGAAGAAGUUCAUCUCCGACGCGUACAACUGUUUGGAGCUAACGAACUUCGAGAAUAUCACGAUGGACACCUUUGGCGCAACCGUCAGCAUGGCGUUCAGCCAUCCGGUCGCGGUCGAAAAAGCGAAUCUAACGUCGAUCGUGAGGAGCGUGAAAGGAUUCGUGUCGUACCUGACCUCACCGACCUUACCGGGUCCCGACUGGUCGGUUUUUAAGGUCAACGACAAGUGGAUGAGAGCUUUCGAGGAAACUCAAUCCCAAGGAAGACUGGACGUCCUGGGAAUCCAUUUGAGCAUAGUGAAGAAGUUGGUCUGCUGCGGUUUCAUGUUUCACGUGAUCAAGGGCGAUCUGAUGAAAGUAGAUCUGCUGGGCAGGCUGAUCCUGCAGGAUCUACGAACGGUGGACAACGACUGGGUCGAUCAAGUCAGGGAACACAAAACGGAGCUGAUCGAGGCGUUCUACUUGACCGCGACGGACAGGGAUAAGGUUUUGAAAAUUUUAGAGUACGAGAAUUUCACCAGAAGCUACUGCACGGUACCGAGUCCGCCGGCUUUAUUAAAUUUUCCAAAGCGCUCGAACGACACUCUGUUGAAAGCUCUGGUCUGUCGUCUCGCGGGGUCGGUGCGGAGCAAGCUGGAUUACAACUUGAAGGGGGCGAAAAGACCGACGGGGAACGACUUCGACUGGACGAGAUUCAACGCGCAGACGAUCGAUAUUUAUCGGUACAUCGAUGCUUUGAUGCAUCAGAAGGAUACGUACGAUAGUUUGGCGAAUUUGGAGAAACUGAAGAGAAACUUCAGCGCCUCUUGGACCACCGAUCUUGCGGUGGAGGAUGCUUUCCAGAUCAGUGUAGGUCUGAUCUGCAAGUUCUUCAGCGUGAUGGAGAGCCCCCUGUUCAGCAUACAAGAGAGAAACGGAUGGAAGAACAUGCACGCGAUCGGCUGGGCGACGUCCGCGGUGUUCUACAAGGUCGAGAAGAUCGUCGAUCAGAUCCAGAAGAACGAUCACGUCGCCAGGCUACCGGAAAUACUGACGGACAUGCCGCAGACGGAAAUAAUCCUCAGCGCCCUCCUCAGGAAUCUGUCACCGUUGAUCCUCGACGUGGCGGACCUUAUCACCAUGAAACCGGUUCACCUCAUAUCCGUCCUGGACGAUUACAAAUCUCGGGAGGAACAAUGGCCCUGCGUACAAAGGGAAAGCGUCGGUUCCGCGAUGGAAUUGCGAAACGGCACCCGUGAAAUAGUACGAGAGAUAGAAAGAAUCUCUUGCAAUCCGGCUUUGUUUAUCCGAGAAUGGAAGAGGCAGCCGUUGUUAAUCAACGUGACGCAUAUCUUCCAGGACGACGUCAGGGUACAACUGCCACCGUUCGAUUGGAUCCACGGUUACGCGAGAUUUCGCCGCGUGGUCAAGAAGCUGGACAACCUGAUCAACGACGCGAAAGACGUGGCGCUGGCGGAGGAGCCGAAUUUUUGGGAAAAUCUCGAGUCGCUGGCGCCCGAAGUGAAAAGUGUGUUCCGGGAGAGAUGGUCCGACGUUAAGAACGACGUGAGAAAUAUUCUCUUCUACGUCGAUUUGGAGCUCGACAAGACCGUGGCAGCGUUCCAAAGCAAUCUCUCGGCCAGCGAAAUCUGGGAUACGAAGAUCGUCAUUAAGGAUCGCGUUCUCAUCCUGUCGAAAUUCAUCGCCCACGUUGUAUACAAGUCGACGAAAGUCGCGACCGAUAUUCUGUUCGACAGAUCGAUAAAUAAUGGCACGACGUACAUCAACUGGCUGUCCUUGUUGGGAUUCAAUGGCGGAACACCCGUGGCGAUUUAUUACAAUCGAUUACCGUACGUCUUGGCCACGUUAGCGACCGGAUUAUCGGACCCCGACGUGGACAAACGAAUCGUCGAUUCGCUCGACAACAAGACCGCCGUCACCUGUUCGCAAUUGUUCGAAUGGUGGUCCGACUCCCUCGUCGGUCUCACUCGCAACGAGUACAGAAGCUUGAAGAACUUCACCUGUGACCUCGAUCCCGACAAUUUCAACGCCUACACCGACUUGUACAUGUCCGAGAAGUCCGUUUGGAGGAAGCCUGUCGAUAAAUACCGAUCGUUCUUGAUGACGUCGAUCGGUGACGUCUACGAUCUCGCGAAACUCAUCAAAAACAUCACUCAGAGUAACGCGACGAUCGACGUACCGUUCUCGAGGACCUAUUUGCAGAAUCUGCUCCGGAAACUGAGAGGCAGCUUGAUGGAUUACGAUAAAACAAAGUCAAUUUACAAGCAGCCCUACGAGUGGACGAAUUACCGACUGGUAGUGGAGGGUGUCUCCGAAGCACUGAUCCACGUUGCAACCGCUUUAAAAAAUAUCAAAGUGCAGAACGAUCGCGUGAACGUGUGGGAUUUCGUGGAGAGCGGCGACGCGCGUGAGUUAUUGAAGAUCCUCGACGCUCAUCCCGAGGAAACGAUCGCUUUAGGUGCUAGCCUAAUCACGGUCGACGGGACGGCGAACGCUUUCUUGCCCUACGGAGACAUAAGACGUACCAUGUGCAAUUUUCGCUUCGAUUCGAGCUACUGGUCCACCCCGAACAGGACGCGAUUCAUAAACGAGAUAUGCUCGUUCGAUCCGUACCAGUUGCUGAGGACCAUCACCAGCGAAGAGUAUUACCUCGUCGUGUCAGGACGAAGAUCCGCAUUGACGAAAUCGACGCCGUUGAGCUCGUCUCUGGCCAGGCUGGCCGACACGGCGUUGAAUCUAUCGUCGACGGCGCCGCGUUUGACCGUCAGAUCGAAGAUCUUCGACUCGACCACCUGGAGGAACCUCUCCAACGAAACGUUGUCGCUCCUACGCAGAACCGAGCAGGUCUGGGCACGUAGAUGGCAAUUGAUCAGAAUAUACCAGCUUAUGGACGCCACGAUCGAUCUGCUGGCCGGCGGUGACGUGUGGCAAAAGAUCAGGAUCAUCUACGAGAACUCCAAGAUGAAACCUAUCCUAACUCUGAUAGAGGACAUGCCGAACAUCGCCGUCAGCGUCGCCGACACCUUCGUACGAACGGACAGAUUGACCGAUUUCGUGGUGAAACUCGCGCUGGGCAAAGCACACCCCUGCGACGUGGACAAAUAUUUGAUCGUGCCCAGCUUCGUCAGGAAGAAGGUCCUUUUGUCGAGUAUCACAAACUUUUGCCAGAAGUUCGUUCUCACCGACAGAGAGCUGACGUGGAUCGAUGUAUUGCACCUAGACGCCAAGUACGAGGAGAACAUAGCGUCGCGGAACACGUCCUCGGAAUAUAACGACGCCUACUUGGAGGAAAGAUUGGAUCACAUUCGGUCGACGAUCAUUCGAGUGGCGUCGGACGGAUUCAAGGAGCCAAAGAUUCCUACGUGGUGGACGUCGUUCAAGGAGGGCACUUACAAAGACUUUUUGUCCCAGUACGAGAAAGAGGACUCGAGAGCUCUCGCACAUUCGGUGGUGGAAAAACUCUCGACGAUAGCGAGGGACGUUCUAAAUUCUGCCGCGAAUUCCGAAGACUGCCCCUGGUGCUCCACGUUCCUCUUCGAGGUCCUCGAUUCUCAGCUGAAGAACCAUCAGCUUUACUUGAAGCUCCUCUGCCAGCUGAAUCGAUUGCACGUAUCGGAAAUUCAUGGCAUUCUGAUGCGCGAUUUUCGCUGGAAUGAAACUGUCAGCAUGAUCCAGAAUUACAAGUCGCUGAACGUUAAACGGACCAGGGACGAAUUUGUCACCGGUGUCGAGAAGAUCCUGCACCAGGUGGUCGACAUCAUAGUAAAUUUCCAGAACGAGACCUACAGCGAUAGGAUUCAACAGUGCUACCACAAGUUCUUCGGACGACCCGCCUUCUCCAGACCCGGACUGUACGUGUCCGUGGUGCUCGCGAUAUUGGAUUCCCUGCAGAGCAACGUGUUCAUCCUGGACACCGCGAGGAACCACAGGAACAUAGAGGCCCUGACCGUAAUGGCGGAGAACUACGUACCGAUCUGGAAGUUGGUUCGAGACGUGGUGAGGGCGUCGGACGUCGACGACAUCGAGACGUUCUUGCCCGGCGCGAUGAUUAACGUGAACGCGGUCAUGAACGAUAGAAACGGUUCCCUGUGCCGGACGAAGCUCGAGUGUCGGAACGCCACGGUUUUGUACGAUCGUUUGAGCUCCAAGAGGAUGGGAAAAAUGUUCCAGUACGAUCCAAAAGCGACCGGUUACCCUUCGUUGGUCGAAAUUGCCGAACGAUUGUCGCGUAGCUUGGAUCUAGAUCGCAUAGAUCGCGAGCUGAAGGGCUGGCGGAUGGACUCCGCGUGGAACUUGACCUGGCUGAAGGAGAUCCUGAGACACAUAUCCGUGGUGAUCGGAGAGAGCGGCGAUCUGCUCGACGUGGUCAGUAAAAUAGACUUCGAGAACGUCUCCGACGCCCUGGGUGUUCCAGACAUCGUCGACGGGGUGGUCAAUAUCCUGAAGGACAAGAUCGUGGACAAGCUUUUCGACGGAAUGAAGGAAGUCGUGGAGGACGUGAAGCCGUUCAUAGCCGACAAAGAAGUGUUGGACGAUCUCUACAGAAUAAUAGACGCGCUGGAGUCGAUGGACAUCUUCAAGAACUUGGGUCUACUCAACAUCAAAUACGUCAUCAGAGACAUGUUCGACAACUGGGACGUGGUGAGCAGGUACUUGGUGGAGAAGGUCGGGGUCUCGAACGACGUCGCGUCGAUGUUGAGCCAGGCGAAGAUAGACAUGAUCUCCGUGUUCAUGAAGGAAAGAAACGCUCUCAGCUUGAAGGACACCAUUUGUUCGCCGACCAAGCUCAGCGAGAUGUUGAGCUUCAACGGCGGUCGGAUCACCGCCGAAGAAGUCAGCUCCGCCAUUUGUCAACUGGAGGACUCGCAAACGCAGAACGUGACGAUCGCGCUCAUCAAGCACUUGAACUUUGAUUAUAUUUUUAAAACUUUAAUGAGCGCGAACGUGAAGAACAUAAUGGCCAACGCGAACUUGACCGAGGCGGAGGGUAAGAUGGUGUUGGAUAGCCUUGGAGUGGCUGCAGAAUUGAUACCAUUCUUCAGGGAUCGACUCGCCUCGAACAUGCCAGCGGCGGAAGCUUUGCAAACAAACUCGAAAGAAGAGACGGACCAACCAGUCUCCACUUCGAGGUUCCUUCAGGACUCUAGCGAAAUGCUGUGUGGCCAGGCCAUGGUAACCGACAACAGCGACCUGUACAAAAUCAUCUCGAAAAUCGAGGACAACAGCAAAGAGUCCGACCAGGCGGAGCUCGAUUCUUUGCCAUCUGAUUUCUGCAGGGACACUUACAAAAGCAUGAUCGCUAUGGGAGGCGGGAAGAUUAUAUGGUCUUACGUUAAACCCUUGUUGCGCGGUCAGAUCCUUUACGCCCCGAACACGACAGCCAUAAACAAAGUUAUGACACUGGCGAACGGUACGUUCGCGGAAAUGGAGAACUUCGGCACGCUGAUGGACAGUUUCGAGAAGACUCUCACGUCGUUGGUGAACCUGUCGGAAAUGAGCGACAGCCUGAAAGAUCUGCAAGAAAUGAUGUCCUCGGACGUUAUGAAGAUCGCGAUCAAGUCGUUCGGUGAUGGAAAUUUCGAGAGCGGAAGCUUCACCGAUAUGAAUCUCAGCGAGAUCUCGUGGCGACUGAAGAAGUCGAAACGUUUAAUCGGGAUGAUCGGUAUGCUGAACGAUUUAUUGGGGUGCGUGCUGUUGGAUCGGAUCCGAGGAUUUCGCAGCGAGGACGAAAUGGAGGCGGAGGCUAGAGUCCUGAUGGAGACGCGAGAGUUUUUAGCCGGUGUUGUGUUCCUGGAAGAUUCCGGAAGAUCAAGAAGAUCGCUGGAGCACGAACUGCCCCAGGACGUGGUGUACAAGAUUCGCAUGGACAUCGACUACGUGCAGUCCACGAAGAGAUUGAAAAACCAAUUUUGGAUCCCCGGCCCGGAGAGCAGCUUCAUCGAGCAUCUCAGGUACCUCAGAGGAUUCGUGCAACUUCAGGACUCUGUCGAUCGAGCUAUCAUCAAGAUGAAGAGCCACAGAGACCAGGACUGGCAGACUCUGACGCAACAGAUGCCGUAUCCCUGUUGGAAGGACGUACCUUUUCAGACCACUCUUUACGAGUCCCAGGGCAUCCAAGUAUGCUUCUUCUUCGCGCUGAUGAUGUGCGUGGGGGCGGCGGUCAGACACAUGGUUUGGGAGAGAGAAUCGCAGAACGCCAUGGUAAUGAGCGUGAUGGGAUUGAAACCAUGGAGGAACACCAUGGCCUGGUUCAUCACCACGUUCGUGGAGCUGGUGGUAAUAAUGCUCUCCAUCGCCCUGGUUCUUCUCGGGGGAAAGAUCCUACCAAAGUCCGAUCCCUCGUUGGUUCUGAUCAUGAUGCUCGAUUACUCUUUCUCCGUCGUGACCUUCUGCUACAUGAUCUCGACGGUGUGCAGCUCGGCGAGCUUGGCUGCGAUUACCACCGUGGUAAUGUUUUUGCUGACAUUCAUGCCGUACAUCAUUGUCAUUGCUAUGGAAGCCGUUAUAGGUCUCGGUUAUAAGCUUCUCAUCUGUCUCAGUAUGUCGACCAGCUUCUGUUACGGUUGCUUGUACGCGGCCAGAAAGGAGGUACAAGGGAUUGGUCUGACGUGGGGAGCCAUGUGGGAGGAAUCCAGCCCCGGAGACUCGAUGUCCUUGGGCCUAGUGCUCCUGAUGAUCGCCCUGGACGGUUGUAUUUACGCCCUGAUCGGGUAUCUCAUCGCCAGAUACACCAAUUCAGGCAGGGGCUUUCACGAUUUGAGGUCCCGUAGCUUAUGGUGGGCCAACACGUGUUCUCUCUAUGGCAGGCCGAGCUACCUCGCCUUCGUCAACAACCUCUAUUUCACUAACGACGUUCUCCACCCCCCAACCACUUACCAAGACGAGCAGAGCGACGUCAGCAGCUUGAUAGUGAACGAGAAACAGACUGGAGUCAGGUUCGAAGGCGUCAGGAAGGUUUACAACACCGAUCAGGGCGAAGUGGUGGCCGUGGACGAUUUUAAUCUCAAGCUCUGCGAGGGGGAAGUGACCAGUCUUCUCGGGAGAAACGGGGCUGGGAAGACCACCAUCAUCAAGAUGCUGACGGGGAUGCUGGCUCCGACCACCGGUGAGAUUUGUUUGAUCGGUGAAGAGGACUGCAAACCUGACAUAGGGGUCUGCCCUCAGGAUAACGUGCUCAUCAGUACUUUGACGCCCAGGGAACAUAUGAUCUUUUACGCGAAACUCAAGAGGCCCAAAGACGACGCCGAUAUGCAACGAAACGUGAACGAGAUGCUGACGUCCCUGGAGUUGGGUAAACAGGAGCACGAGCCGGUGUACCGUCUAUCGGGUGGUACGAAGAGAAGGCUCUGCGUGGCUCUGGCGUUUCUAGGCUCGCCGAAAUUGGUGAUCCUGGACGAGCCAGGCGCGGGGGUGGACCCAGCGGCGAGGCGCAGGAUCUGGCGGCUGAUCGAUCAUCACAGAAUCGGUAGGACCGUGAUUCUCUCUACCCAUCAUCUGGACGAGGCUGACAUGCUGAGCGACACGGUGGUCGUGAUGCACAAGGGGAAGAUACUCUGCACGGGAUCCCCGUUGUCCUUGAAGAUGAUGCACGGUCGCGGGUACAGACUCCUGGUGACCUUUCCCAGCGAACGAGACGGGAACUCGGACUCGAUCGAGAGGAAGAAGUUGGAGACUCUGAAGAAUGUGAUCGAAGAGGCGGUGUCCAACGCGUGGACCAACGAAAUCACUGGCACGGAGGUGGCCGUUACGCUUCCGUUUCAGGGGAAGAACGGUAUCAACAACAACAUCGCGCAAGCAGCGAAGGCGUUGGAAGACAGUCGAAAGAUCCUAGGUUAUUCCCACUUUUCCUUGGAAUGCGACAGCCUGGAAAGAGUCUUCCUGGACCUCUGUUCUCGCGCUGAUAGCGGAUCGUCGGUUAUCAGAGCCAGCCAGGACAGCGUCGCGAGCGUCGGCAGCGUCGAGCACGUGGGUCUAUCGAUGCCCGACGACGUUGAUUUGAUCGACGUUGAACCCUCUUUAAACCCGUCCCCCGGUAAACAGGCCAAGGCCCUGCUGAAGAAAAGGGUAUGGCACUUCAGGAAAGAUUGGAUGACAUUUUUCGCGGGUCUCUUCCUGCCUACGGUGUUCGUAGCGGUCGCCAUGGGAUUCUCUUUGAUAAGACCACCAUCCGGAGACGAGCCAGCGUUGCCUCUCACACCAAAACUUUACGACACUCAUCUAACAUAUUUCUACAGCAUCGACAAUGGCAACGACCCGUUCCUGCAACACGUGUCCUUCCAGCUACACGAUCGAUUCGGGGACGAUUACGCUGGUGCUUGGCAGACCUUACCAAACGAUACCGGAACCUGCGAGUGUCUGGACGGUCAACAGACGUGUCACGGAGUGUCUCAGGCUGUCGAAGGUCUUUUGCAAGUUUUACCCGGCAGACCUACCCUCGAUUGGAUAGUGUCCACCCACCAGGAAUACAUAGAAAAGAGGUACGGCGGAUGGUCGCUGUCGCACACCAAGGACGAGCCAUUAUUCGUCGUUUGGUACAACAACAAGGGUCACCACGCCCUACCGUCGUAUCUGAACGCUCUGAACGAAGCCAUUCUACGGGCAUCCGGCGUCCAGGGGCAUCUAACAACGCUCAAUCAUCCGUUGAGGUUAUCCAGCGAUCAGUUGAAUCGAACAACUCUGUUACAGCACGUGGCGGACGUCGGCGUGGCCCUGGUCCUUUUAAUAGCGUUCAGUUUGGUGGCCGCUCAGGGCUCGAAGGAAUUGGUGCGUGAACGUCUGUCGGAAGAAAAGAGGAUCCUCUUCUUGGCCGGAGUCCAUCCUGUCACCUACUGGACGACCGCGUUAAUCUGGGAUCUAUUCGUGUUUGUCCUGUCCAUCUUCAUGGCUGUGAUUGUUUUCGAGAUCUUUGGGCUACCAGCGUACGUGGCCAGGGACAAUCUACCAGGGAUCUGCCUCUUGCUCUUCCUGUUCGCGUGGGCGGCGAUACCGUUUUCGCACCUGAUAGAAAAGGCCUUCGACGACUCGAGUCUCUCCAAUAUGGUGCUCUUCUGCUUGAACACGUUCAUAGGCGUGGCCUCUUUGGCCACCAUUCUGGUGCUCGAUAUUCUUGGCAAGACCAAGACGGCGGAGAACGUGAGAAACGUUUUGCACAACAUUUUGUUGAUAUUCCCGCAAUACGCUCUGGGCGACUCUUUGGUGCAAAUAUCGCGGAACGACAUCACGGCUCAGCUGCUGGAAAAGUUCCAUAUGAACACCUAUCAGUCGCCUCUGAGCUGGGACCUUCUGGGCCUCCAUUACGUUCUCCUGGCGGUCGUGGGCAGCAUUCUGUUCUCCAUCAAUCUGAUCAUCGAAUGCAGAGUGUUCCCCACCUGGAGGAGACAGAGGUGUCCUCACGAGGUCGUUCAGGAGGACGACGAUGUCUCGAAGGAGAGAAUGAGGGUGGAGGGCGCCAUGUCUGACGAUGUUCUGCAAACGGUGAAGCUUCGAAAGGAAUACAGAAGCGUUUACGGGACCAACGUGGCCGUGCAGAAUCUCAGCAUAGGCGUGCAGGCUGGCAAGUGUUUCGGACUUUUGGGCACCAACGGGGCCGGAAAGAGCACGACCUUCCGGAUGCUGACCACGGAGAUCAUUCCCACGGCUGGCAGGAUCAUUCUGAAGGGCGAGCAGAUCGGCUCGGGGCCACUAUGCAACGGGGAAGUCGGUUAUUGCCCUCAGAGCGACGGUCUAGACGGUUUUCUAAGUCCGCAUCAGUGUCUGACUAUUCACGGGGAAGUUUGCGGGCUGAGCAACGUUCCCAAGACGGUCGAGUCGAUGCUGAAGAGGCUCGAUCUUCUCAAGUACGCGCACAAAAGGGUGAGCAGCCUCAGCGGCGGUAAUAAAAGGAAAUUGUGCGCCGCCCUCAGCGUAAUGGCGCCCGUCGCCGUGGUUCUCAUGGACGAGCCGACGAGCGGCAUGGAUCCCGCCACGAAGGAUCUGGUGGCCAAGACGAUCAGGCGAAUGACGAAGAACCAGAGCUGCGUGAUCCUGACCUCGCACAGCGUGGCGGAGUGCGAGAGCUUGUGCAACAGAGUCGGUAUUCUUGCCAAAGCUGGUCUUAGGUGCAUAGGAACGCCGCAGCAUCUCAAGCACAAGUUCGGCGAGGGAUACGUGGCGUUCCUGCGAUUCCGACAACCGAUCUCCUCCGAGGCCCUGAAGAAAGCCUUGACGAAGUACCUUCCCCAGGCCACGGUCUCCUCCAGGCAGGCCACCGCGGCGCGUCUGCUCCUACCGCGAAGCCAAGACAUGCCGCUGAGCACCAGCUUCAACAAAGUGAAGCUCCUGGCCGAGGAACUCAAAGCCACCGACUACACGCUGACCCAAAGUUCGCUGGAUCAGGUCCUCGUUAACUUCUCGGAGGAGAUGGAGAACGAGGUAGACGGCUCGAUUUACAGCCAGGGCAGCAGCAACAACAUCUCGAACGCCUAUUGCAGCAGGGACACCAUUCACAUGGAAACGUUUUGAUCGGUCACGCGUGUGGUUCGACUGUAUAUCGGUCGUAACCGAUCAUAGAUCCAUAUCUAAUUCGAGCCGUACGCAAUUUAUAGAUCCGUAUCGCGAUGGCUUCUGUGAUAGCUUUAUCUCCUUUUUUUUUUUUUUAUUUUUUACGCCACGUUGGACGUACGGCGACGGUUUGAAACUGCCUGUCGUUUUAACGAACAAGCGCACACCCAUUAAUCUUACGAAGAAAUAGUUUUUAUGGUUAUUGAUUCCGCGUGGUUAUCGCGAUCUUACAAAUUUUAAAUCGCGUUAUCGUCGAUCGAUACGUGGCGCGUAUUAUUCUUUUAGACUUUUUUAAUUAAGCGUCGCGUAUCGCGCGCAAAAGACCCCGUAGUUGUAAUUUUAGGAUGCGGCUGGUCGUACACAGAGGCAUUCCCGAUAAGAGUUCGUUUCAUGGAAGAUAAAGUCAGAUCGUGUUGCAUAAAACGAAGGAAUCGGGUCAGCUAUUUGAACAUUUCCACGUAGUCCGAUAAAACCGGAACAUUUAUCGACGUUCUGCUGUUUCCCUGUCUCGGGCCGACGGAUGUAUCGAUUAAUCGUAGGUACAUAGGAUUUAAUACGUUGCUACUUAAUGAUAAGCAAUGUUACAGCUAAGACUAUACGAAUAAAGUUUACCGUACAAUUAGGAACGCCGCAAGAUUUCUGGGAUCAGAAUUCCUCGUUAAAAACAUCGCGCUUCGAUACAGGCCAGGAAUGCAAUAAUCUGGUAAUUUAUUUUUCAGGCACGAAGCUGCGAAGGCUCCAUUUUUAAAAACCUUUGCAUUAUUUUAGAGAAGCUUUGGAACGCUGUAUCUUCGGUUCUGGUUAGAAAAUAACAAGGAUCGAGACUUUGGUGAUCCAUCGUUCCGAGCGCCGGUCACUGGUGACCGCGUUAAAAUUCAUAACCGGUGAAACGCAGGUGCGACAUCGAAACUAACGUCGUUCGAUUGCUCGUGUUUAUCGAUUCGACCGGUUGAAUCCGGUGCAUGCGAGAAACGUUUCCCCGUCGGUCGCCAGGCAAAAUUCUCCGUUGCAGAUACGCCAUGAUUACGCAUCCUUAUCGACGUGAUUCAUCCAGGCAUAGAUACCCGGCGACCAGGCACGGUCGCUGUCAUGAAACCGUGCGAAAAUCGAGCACAGAAACCGGACCUGCAAAUUCAUCGCGACAGAACGCGUUUAUGAUAUGUUAAUGAUCAAUGUCGAUUGACAAUCACAAACGACGCGCCUCGUCGACGAGAUAGUUAGCGCGCGAACUCGUCGCGUCAAUCAUCCACCUUCGUCGAUACGUUCGCGUGAAAUCUGGCAAAAUUUCUGCAAAAGCGUAGACACAUCUGUUCUCAAAAUUGACAAAAUUUCGACGAUGAUAUGGAUACCGUAAACAGCAAUUUCUAAGACCCUCGAGAAAGCUUAGGAUUACGUUGAAAAAUACACGCGAUUUAAAACUAAAAAUGUCACGUUCUCGAGCGACCCUCGUGUUAGAAAGCGAACGAGCGUCAUCGUUGCCUCGAGGGGUGUAAAAAUGCCUAACCCCGCGAUCGAGAAACGUCUGGGAUAGCGUUUCUUGUCGAAGAUUUGCCCGACGAUCCGAUUCGAGCACGCUAGACAAGAUUUCCGUGGUGGUCAGCGAAACCUCGUAAAGAGAAACGGAAGCGUUUCGAUGUAUUUCGCGAUUUCGACUGGGAAGUAUGAUUCCUCGAUCAAGAGGGAGAGAACGUUGAAACGAAACGAUAAAGACGGGCAGUUAGCAGCCGAUACUUCUUGCGAGAGGGGGUUCGGCGGCGAGAUAUCGGUGGCUAAUUAGGGACGAAGCAGAUCGAAUCGAUGACCGAACAUUCGUUUAAAUUUCUUCCAUCGACGGGGCCGAAUUGUCGGCGGCUUUAAUUCCCCGAUAUCGUCGUGUUUGCUGGCGCACCUGAAUCGUAAUCGUUUCUGGAAUAGACGCAAAAACAGACGGUAAAUUGUUCGGCUGCGCCUCGUCUCGGUCGUAUUUCAUGCGUUCGUUGCACUAGCUGUCCCAAAAUUCGGCUGGCUCAAAUUGAAAUUCGACGCGAUACGAACCGAUAUCUCUCGAAAGAGAAAACUCGUAAUAAAUGUGGAUAUUCGCACUCCGAUGGACGAAACUUUCCGACCUUAUUUUUCGAUAUUUUGUAACAAAAUUUAUAUUACGAAACGAACGGCUUAUUGUACGACAGUCCGCGGAGUGUGUGAAUGAUCCGCUCAAAGUCUAGACCUUAAUCCGAUAAGAAACGUCUGAGCAUGUUUGAGGAUGAAAUUGUGAAACGAGUGGAAAGGUAUAGAGAGCCGGGAUUACGUCAGAAUAUUGCGAAAAUUUAGUAUUAAGUAUCCCGAAGCGUGCUCGAGCCGCCAUGGAAGUCAAAGACUCGCCAAAUAUUGAGUCUGAGAGAGCUUAACGGUUUAUUGAAAAUUGCAGCUUAAAAUCGACCGCGAAGGAACCUCGUGUCAAGCAAAAUAACAGCGUUCCAAAGUGUAACAGAAUUUUUUCGCUUAGUUCGGAAUUCCACGUACACACAUACGUGUUUAGAUUUGUGUUUACGUCCGGUAUCCCGAAGCUUUUUAUCUAAUGGAAUACUUUCGGGAUCCUGUACGUCCGCCAUACUGAAACGGUUCGAUCUCUCGCGAUACUGCAGGUCUCGUCCGAUUUGCUAUUAAUCGAAUAGUCGUCAAGAUCCUCUGGACGUUACAGUCGAACGGAACAGCUACUUAGAGCCACGGUUGGAAUUAGCGAGCAUGUUAAGAAGCACUCGCAGCGGAUUGGCUACGUGACAGGACUUUUCUGCCGGACCGAGGGCGAAAGAACAGGAAAACGGGGGAUUAAGUCCCGUCGAUUUCAAUCGAUACAGAGACACAUUAUUACCUCCUCCGGGAGCUGCUUUGCAAGAAGAAUGGAGAAUUAGACGGGGGUUGACCCAGAUUUAAUCUCCCGAGGAAGCGCUAAGCGGAAUUUUACGCGACGGUCGGGAUUUAAAUCGCAAACGAGCUACGAUUUAUCGACACCCCCCUUCGCGCGGUCCGAAUUUUUAUUUUCCCGAAUCGACAAACCAAAUACUCGCGUUCGAAAACGUAUGAAAAUUCUUUGCUGAUAUUCGCGAAUAUUUUAAGCAUACCGAGGAAACGUAAUUUGCAAGCGCAUCGCGAAGAACAAUCUCCGCCAUCUUUGAGUCGAUCCGUCGGUCCCUGGUGGAAGGGAAUGAAACGAAAAGUAAUUUCUGUACCGAGUGCAGUAUAAUAGUGGUGCAUUUCCGGGCGUGAUAAUUAAAUUUGAAUUGCGUGCGUCGCUAUUGGCGGAGCAACGAUCGUCCCGUUAAAUAACGCGUUGCGCAACGUUAUUAUGCAUUAUGGACGACCGUUAUUAAUAUUUCAAUGAACUGAUAAUUCCCGAGAUUGCACGGCGAUCGAAAAUAAAACGUUUCGCGCGAACGUUUCCGUUCUAAUCAGGCCCUGUAAUAAUGAAUUGCUUAAUUUCGUCGUGUAUCGAUCCGACCGUUAUCGCCGUACAGAAUCGCAGAAUUUCGGUACACCGUCGUCGUCGGAUCGCCAUUAUUAUUAAGCUAC